AGCAAGGGUGCAAAGCUCACACAAAUGGAGAAGCAGAGGCAGCAGUAGCUAGGCUCAGAUAUUUUUCUCCCCCUCCUCCCUCUCUUUGAGUGUAAUUUUAGAUUGAGAUUCAGCUUAAAUCCAAGGGGAAAACACUUUAUAAGGCUGAAAGCUGUAUAGUUGCAACAGCCAAGGUUAUGGGCUAUCAAAUGCAAUUACAUUAAAACAGAUUAUACUGUGCAAAUUGAGCCAUUUAGAAGGUGAGAACCAAAGAAACAGCUCUGACGCCCCCUUUUUUUCUAAAUUGCAGUUUUAGUUCCUUGCAAUUCCAAGGUACGAAAGUAGGUGAGACUGCUUUUGUAUCUGCAAAGUGCUUCAUUUUUGAAGGUAAUUCUAACUGAGUGCAAUCUAGGUUAAAAGCUGGACAACUGGAUAAUUAGAGCUCUCUCACUGCUAGAGGACAAUCAGCCGUACGUGGCAGCUCAUCUUGGCUCCCACGUAGACUAGCUCUUUUCUGCCUUGAGUGGAGGCUAUUGGAGACAGAGCAUCUGCACCCCAACUUCCUCUGAACCCUGAGAUGAUGGUGCUGGACAAGGAGGACGGUGUGCCAAUGUUAUCCGUCCAGCCGAAAGGGAAGCAAAAGGGCUGCGCCGGAUGCAACCGGAAGAUUAAGGACCGAUACCUUUUGAAGGCCUUGGAUAAGUACUGGCAUGAAGAUUGUCUAAAGUGCGCCUGCUGCGACUGUCGCCUGGGAGAGGUUGGAUCAACACUUUACACAAAGGCAAAUCUCAUUCUCUGCCGCAGAGAUUACCUGAGGCUCUUUGGGACCACGGGGAAUUGUGCUGCCUGCAGUAAGCUGAUCCCAGCCUUUGAGAUGGUGAUGAGGGCCAGAGAUAAUGUUUACCAUUUGGACUGCUUUGCCUGCCAGCUUUGCAACCAGAGAGUUGCGAGGAGGAGCAUCACAGAGAAGUUGCGCAUCCCAGUCUGGCUCCCAAAUUUCAACACAUUUAUAAACACGCACAUCUCAUCACAGAGGGGAAUGUCUAAUUGAAACUUGAGACAUUUAGAAGAAGCCUGAAGGACAGGAAGUGGGAGCACUUCCUGUUUCCUGCACACAAUUAAACCACUCAGCUGGCAUCCUAGCAUAAGCUUGCUUUCAAACAACAAAUCCAUGUGCAUGCCUUACUUUAACCCAGAUAAACCUUAUCUCUACCUCUUAAUAUACUUUUUAAAAAACCUCUAAGCCUUAUAUGUGCCAAACAGGUAAUCUAAAAAGCUCAGCUCAUCGGCAGCUUGGACAUGCUGCUGCUUCACCACACUAAGGAAGUUUGGAAUUAGCAAGCCAAAUCCGUUUUUGCUUGACAAAACAUUCGGACAACAGACCUUCGUGCACAAAAAGGUCCCCACAGGAUUACCAGUGAGUAGAGCUGCACUGCUGGCCCUCUGAAUGUCCACAUGUUGGCAUAGACACCUGCACUGUCAAAGUAGCUCCUUUCAUGUAUGCUUCCAUGUGUUCCAGAGCCCAAAUCACAUGGGCACCUGCGCAUAAGCAACCAGUCACACAUAGGCUUUGACAGUGCAGGUGUCCACACCAAUCGGUGAACAGUCAGGGAGCAGAGACAGCAGCACAGCCCUGCUCCCUGGUAAUCCCAUGGAAACACCCUCGCCAGAUUAAUAAGUGAAGGGUGCUCACCUUUUGGCCACAUCAUAUUAAAAGCAGUGACCAGUGGGUGUGUGGAUUGGCCAUAAAGAACAUCAUUAUCAUGAUGAAUCCAUUCACUUUACUCAAAACCCCUUGGCUCCACAUCCAUGCAGGCUCCCUUGAGUGCAAACCCACUGCAUUUCUUCUCAACCAUUUCUAUGAAAUAAUUUAGCUUUUCGGUGAAGUCAGUGUAGUUUCCCCUGACGGAAAGGUGCGGGGAACAGAACAUAUCUGAAGUUAAGAGUAUCAGGAAUUCUGUCGUUUUGGGUGGCUGUUAUUGAAAAGGCUGCAUCAAGCACGAAGCUGGCAUUAUUUGUUUGGAGUAGACUGCCUUUCUGUAUGAGAGAAGCAGGCUCAAUAAAUCAAGCUGUCCCAUUUGAUAGGCUAUUCCACUGAGGUUCUAGUGACAUCUAGUGGGUUCAGAUAGAUAUCCCCAUUUCUGUGUCCACCUUUGUUGAAAAAUGCUAGAAUGUUGUAGGAUCUUACUGUCUGCCCCGACUUUAAAUGUGUUUGUGGGGCCUUUACCAAAGUUAUGUGAGGAAAACGUAUUGACUGUUUUUUAGUACUAUGAUGGUAACAAAAAUACUUUCUUUCAUCGCAGCAGACCUUUUUAGUACACAGUGGAGUUUCUGAGGCUUGUUCACAAAGCUUUAGCAACCCUAAUUAAAAAUGAAGAGAAAAGUUGGCUGAGUUGAUGGUCUGGACAUUCUAUGAAAUAAGGCAAAGCUGAAGUUUUUCCGACUUUCCCAGACAUAGACUCACAGUCACUGCAGCUUCAGCCUUAAGCAUCACAAUCCUCCAUUUAUUUAUUUAUUUGUAAAAUUAUAUCGUCUCCUUCCAAGCAUUCAUGGAGCUAUUCUAUUUUAUCCUCCUCGCAACCCUUCAUUCAAUGAUUAUGAUAUCCCCUAUCUUCAAAGAUGGUUCAUCAGAGAUUUGAGCAGAAGGAGCUUGCUGGUUAGGGUGGAGCCAUGCUAGCGCCCCAGUCACCGUUGCUUAAAUGGGGAGAGGGAGGGGCAGGUAGGUCAGGGGGGAGCAAAUGCGCCAGCAGCACCAAUCUAGUGUUCCUGCUGACCUGGCUGGGGAGGAGCCAGCCUGCAGUGUGCAGACCUGGCUCCUCCCCAUCUUUCUUGCAGUAAGCAACAGUGGCCCACCUGCAGAGGAUUUAGCAUAGCUCUUCUGGAUUUGAACCCAGCUCUCCCCAGUCCAAGACCAACACCCCAGCAACCAUACUUUGUAGUUUCUCGGUGCUACUGAAUGAAGAAAAGGCUAGGUUAAUGUUUAUUUCUGUAUUUAUUUGAUUCCAUUUCUUAAUUGCAUCUUGAAGUGAAAGAACCAUAUAAGCAAUUCCAUGUAUGUAAAGCAUUGAAAACAAUUCUUUUUU